UCUGUCAUAGACUUCUUUCUCUAUAGUCAUCUCUUGGGUUCAGCAUCUACUUUUAGACAACCUUUGACAUUUUCGGUUUUUAUUUAUAGUAUAAGACUUUUGUGAGUACUUUUAAGACGGAAAGACCCUCUCUUCAUUGCCCAAAAGCUACCACGGUGUAGUAUAUUGGGACUAUGCGAGUAACAGAUUUUGGAGCAAGAGUAUCUCCGUAAAGAAAAAGAGGAAAGGGAAAGAAAAUCUUUCCCGGGUCAAAAGGGCUCCCAGCUAUUUUUGUGUGUAGAACACUGUACAAGGUAAAACCGGUGUUUAAAGGCAAUGCAAGAGAGCUAUAUGGGUUUUUGAGGACCCAUUUGGGAGUUGGACUGUUUGAGGUUUGUUUGAGGUUGCUGGGUAUGUUGUACCUCUGAAAAAAAUCCAAUCUUGAUCGCCCAUUGUUUGCUUAAGGUGGGGGUGCUUUUAAGCCGGUUUCAGAGAUGGGUUUUGAAGAGGUUAGCAGUGGUGAAAUGGUGGGAGACAGAGUGACAACAGCCUGCAAACACAAGCGUUCCAAGAGUUUCCCAGUUAGAACAGGAAUGGAAGACCCUGAAGCUUCUAAUAGGUUGAAAUUGGAUAUGGGGCAUUCGGAUGACUGUGUCGAGAGCAAGAAGAAACCAUUGUCGAAUGAUGAGGUCCAAAAUUCAUUGAGGCAAGAGAUAAUGCAGCUUGAGAAAAGAUUGCAGGACCAAGUUUCUGUUCGAUGUGCUCUAGAGAAAGCGUUGGGUUAUGGGUCUUCCUCCCAUAAGAUCACAGCUGAAACAACCUUAAUGCCCAAGCCUGCAACGGAACUUAUUAGAGAAAUAGCGGUGCUAGAGUUUGAAGUUGGACAUUUGGAACAGUAUCUCCUUUCGCUGUACAGGCAAGCCUUUGAUCAACAACUCCCAUCCGUAUCUCCUCCCACAAAAGACGAUAGAUUAAAGUCGCCCGUAGUUACCCCAAGAAGGAGGCUAGACUUUUCGAAAUCGGAUGUGUCAUCGAGGAAGGAAACCUCAACAUCUCAAGUUAAUGGACAGAAAGAAACUAAUGGCAUAGCAGAAGACAAAUUGUUUGAUUCCGGUGUUCAACGAAGUCAUUCCUCGCUAUCCCAGCGUUCAGCGCUGUCAAACAGAACUUCUCCACCCGAGGAUCCUUUGGGCAAAGCAGUGCGUGCUUGUCAUUCUCAGCCUUUAUCUAUGAUGGAGUAUGCGCAGAAUACUUCAUCAAACAUAAUCAGUUUGGCGGAGCAUCUAGGAACCCGUAUUGCUGAUCAUGCUCUAGAGACACCGAACAAGCUCUCCGAGGAAAUGAUAAAGUGCAUGUGCACCAUAUACUGCAAGCUCGCUGAUCCACCACUGACAAAUCCCGGAGUUUCAUCUCCAACCUCGUCAUUCUCAUCAAUAAGUGCAUUUUCUCCGAAAUAUCAAGGCGACAUAUGGAGCCCAGGGUUUAGAAAUGAUUCGUCAUUUGAUGUGCGGUUGGACAAUCCUUUCCAUGUUGAAGGGCUGAAGGAUUUCAGUGGACCUUACAGCACAAUGAUUGAAGUACAAUGUAUAUAUAGAGAUAACCAGAAACUCGGUGAUGUUGAGCCCUUGUUACAAAAUUACAGGUCGCUGAUUUCUCGAUUAGAAGAAACUGAUCCUCGGAAGUUGACUCAUGAGGAGAAACUAGCAUUCUGGAUUAACGUCCACAAUGCAUUGGUGAUGCAUGCGUUUUUGGCUUAUGGAAUCCCACAAAACAGCAUGAAGAGAGCAUUCCUUUUGUUGAAGGCUGCCUAUAAUGUUGGGGGUCACGUCAUAAGUGCAGAUUUGAUACAGACAUCGAUACUGGGAUGCAGAAUGUCUCGACCUGGGCAGUGGAUUCGCUUACUACUUUCCUCGAGGGGAAAAUUCAAAACUGGGGAUGAACGACAAGCAUUCAUGAUUGAACAUCCCGAACCUCUCUUGCAUUUCGCACUCUGCUCUGGCAAUCAUUCAGACCCCGCGAUUCGACUCUACACGCCCAAAAGAAUACUUCAGGAGCUGGAAGCAGCAAAAGAAGAAUACAUCAGAGCAACCUUUGGCGUGUCAAAGGAUCACAAAAUCCUCUUGCCAAAGGUUGUCGAGUCCUUCGCCAAGGAUUCGGGCAUGUGUCCUGCCAGCGUGACCGAGAUGGUGCAGCAGUCGUUGCCCGACUCCCUGAGGAAGAACAUCAAGAAGUGCCAGCAGGGAAAGGGUCGCAAGAACUUCGAAUGGAUUCCUCACAACUUCGCCUUCCGGUAUCUUAUAUUCAAGGAGCUGGUGAGGUAAUUAACUGUUUUUCAUGGCAUGUAGUUAAGGUGAUUCUGGUUUGGUUUGCCGGUUUCUUCAGUGGCAAGAGUGUUGAUUCUUUUCCAUCUGUAUAAAUGAAUAGAAUGUCAAGAGUUGGAAUGAAGCAUAGGUUGCCAUUUGUGUUUUGUCAA